AUGGGGCUGGCACCGACCGAGGCUGUAGGCACACCAACUAACAAGAAGCAUCACCCAGCACGGUGGAAGGGAUCAGUGUCUGGAGACAAAAACAGGGCUCAGGAAAAUCAGGAGGCAUGGUGGGGAUUGCUGUGGGCGAGAGAGGGGGAGAGGAUCUACAAAGGGCCCUGUGACCACCUGAGGACUUUUCCUCUGCAUGAGGGGAGCCACAGCCAGGUUCAGAGCAGGAGGAUUGGCCCUAAGUGCUAUGAAGUGGCUCCCACUGAGGGCCUGCUUGAAGAGCUUCCCAGCUGGGGUGUAGAAGAAGCCCUAACCCUCUCUAAGUUGUUGAAGAGACUAUCCUUCUCCAUGCUGCAGUCUUGGCAUCCUUGUGAAGAUCAUGUGCCCACAUUUGGUUGUGGAGAACCUGGAGGAUUAUUCCAGCCAGAGGGGGGAAGACUCUCCAGGUCCGAACAGCACUCAGGUGGGAAUCAACGGGAGAGGGUUCCAGAUGUCAAAAACAGGACCCUAGAGAAACAGCAGAGGGUGAUGUUUCACAGGAAGAACACGAAGAAAAAUUGUAAAUGUGGGGUGCCUGCUGUGAAGGGUUCAUCCCUUCCCCAACUUACUUGCUGUAGAGAAGGACACUCUGGCCAUAUCUCAGGCCUAGGUACUUCAGAGGUCCUCAUCAAAAGUGAGCCAGACAGGCUUUUGCUGUCCAGCUGCAGCUUUGGUGGUUUCCCAGAGGAAGAGCCAGCAUGA